AACGGAAGUGACGUCCUUGGAUGCCAAAAUUGUUUAAAAAUGGCAGGUCCUCAGAGUAGAGUUGCAGGUGGUGGGUUUUGGAGCCAACCACAAGCACAAUACAGUGCUGGUACUCACAAAUUACUGAAAGAAAUGAUGCAGGAGUCAAAAUUAACUAACUUCCAACAGAGACAUCUGGAGAAGUCUCUAAGAAGUGGUGGUUCACUGCCAACAGAAUGUGCCCCAACAAGCAGCGCAAAGAAAAAGCCUGCACCAGCCCCAAAGAAGGAGUCAAAAGUAUUAAGUGUCAGAAACUACAAACCUGUAUUAAGAACAAAAGAGCAAAUGGAGGAAAUGGGAGCCUUUGAGAAACCAGAUUACUCACCACUACCAAAUACCAGAGGUCAGGAUAAAGACCGACAGAAAGAAAGGUUGGCAAACAUCAUGGCAUUUGGAGAAGAUAUUGACCCAAAGAAGAAAAAAGCGAUGAACCGACCUCCACCUCCAGAUGAUGAUGAACCAGCAAUUGACAGAUUUGAUGAAUUACAACUGGAAAUCGAUGAAAGAAGAGCAUUUUUGAAGGACAUGGAAAAACAUGGACAGGGAGCCAAGUAUCGUCCUCUUAUUAAUACAGAAAUUUCUCAGAAAAUUCGUGAAAUGGAGUUAAUUGACAAAAAGAGGACUGCGGAGCUAGAGAGAUUGAUUGAAGAGGAGAAGAAAGGAAAGCAGACUUCAUCAUGACCACAGUCUUCCAGUCUCCAACAGGUGCUGUUAUAAAACAGAGCAGUGUGUAUAGAUGUACAGUUCAAUAUGGUCGUACACAGCUCAGGAGUGAAACAUUGCUCUCUCCAGAAAAAAAAACUCCAUGUAAUUUGAUCAUAUGAUAAUCCUCAACAUCUUCCACAAUGUAGAAUGCAGUUCUUCAGUAAAUAAAUUCAAACUGCUUUAAUAUAUAAAUCUGUGGUGUCUCUAGCAACAGCAGAACACAUUGGACUGUUUCUAAUGUAUACCGGUACAUAUUAAAGCGGUACGUAUUAAAGCUUAACAUUGUGGACUAAUUUGUAACAAUUGUAACAGUAUACAAACUAAGGAGUGACAGACUGCAAAGACAAUAUUCCUUUAUGUUUAUAUUUUUAUUGUUAUUUAUUAUAUAUGGCAAACAGAACUAGUGUAUUAUGCUAGUUCAUCACUAGUUUAGAGUAAAUUUUCUCAUACUUGCACGUUAUAUAGCAAUACAUAUAUAGACUUCACAGAAAAGCAUAUUUUUAAGGAGCCAUAUUUCUUAACUUGUGUUUGUUGUGUACCAUACUUGCAAGGGUAAAAAUAUUAAUGAAUUCUCCCUCCAUGCAUAAGCAGCACAUUUGUGAUCUUGAUGAAUACCAGGUAAAUUGUAACUUAAAUGACCAAUUAAUGUAUAAUAAUAAAAUAUUAAUCAGAGCUGUAAUCAAGCAAUAAUGCAUGUUAUUGCAUGCCACAAUACUGACCAUCAUUCUUGUUAUUUCGUCUGAAAAGAAACAUCACCCCUUCACUUACUCAAUGUGCUUCAGAAGAAUGAUCUAAUGUAAAUAUCCAGACCUAUAGUUACAUAAUUCUGUAAAGAAAAUCUGUAAAACAUUUUUCGAGUCCGGGUGCUGCUUUUCUCCCAACAUUUUAAGUAGAAAUUAAAGUAGUAAAUUUCAUCAUUUUGUUAUCAAAAUCUAGGAUACAAUUAUAUAUUUCUUACCUGUAACCACAGUUGUACAUUUGCAGGGAGACAUUACAUAAAAACAUAGAUUUUCAGAAUACAUUUAUUUCUUGUCCCUUUUAAAACUUUACAGAGGAGGAAUAUGUAGCUGCACUGAUUAUCAAAAAGAAAAUUUUCUUAUAAUUUAUUGGGUGGAGAUGUGCAUGUUUUUGAUGGUUGCUUAUUUUAGUGUAACUGCGUAUGUAAACUGAUACAUGUACAAGUAGUCAGACAUCUGAUAUCCAUAUUGCAAGUGAAAUUUUGCAUUUUAUUAAUUUUAGGUUGUGGGUUAUUGUGAAAUUGAUUGAAACAAUUAUUUUCAAUUAAAAUCAUUUCACUCUAAUUAUAUAUAUCAUUUUGACCAUCAUUUAAUUAAUUGCUAUUAGCUGUCACCUUUACAGCAUGUGAUAACUACUCCAGUAUAACCGGAUUGACUUGUGUACCUAGAAUUUUUAGAUCUAAAUAUAUCAUAUGAUUGUACAUGUAUAUAAAAUAUACAUUUACAAAGCUGUUUUCAAAUGCUUGACAUACAUUGCAUCAGUUUCUCAUUCAUUCAUCUGCUAUUGUCAAGAAGUACUGAAUCCACUUAAAUUACAUGAAGUGCAUGUUUUUCUGUCUCUUUUAUGCAUCAAGUUAUGUAAUUUUUGCCAGUAAAUUUUUUCUUUUA